ACUUGAAUAUAAGAACAUGAGCUGCCCACCAUCAAUUGCAAAUCAUAAAGCAUAAUGCCGAGGGAAUACUAAGCAAUUAUUAUUCACUGUUUUUUUCCCUCGUAAUUUGUAUUUAUACUUUCAGGCCUAGCAACUGGAGGAAAAAGAGGAUUCAUUUUCAUGAUUUCAUGUUGGAUAGCCGCUUGCAAAAGCAUAAGGGUGUGCUGGAUCCCCUUGAAGUUGUAGCAGGGGAGAUAUCUGAUGAAUCAAUUUUGUUAUGCCUAGAUGAAUUUAUGGUUACUGAUGUUGCUGAUGCAUUGAUACUAAACCGUUUAUUUAGACAAUUAUUCAGCAACGGCAUGAUUCUUGUUUCUACUUCAAAUCGUGCCCCAGAUAAUCUUUAUGAAGGUGGACUACAGAGAGAUCUUUUUCUACCAUUCAUUGCCACUUUGAAG